AUGCUCGGAGCCGCAGGCCUGCUGGCUAGCGCCAUGGUUCUCUGCGCCUACAGUGCCAAGAUAUCAGGCGUUGCAGACAGCGACGACGCUGACGUUCCUCCGGGUAAGACUAUGGAACUGGCGCAAUCGAAGCUCGUGGACACGCCCAAAUACAAGACGUGGAUAUCGCAAGGUGGAAUAUCGACACUCACAAUGCUCAAGCUCAACAACAAAGUUGUCCUCAUAACCGGCCUCGGCCAAACCACCGACUCAGGCUGGGGCAUUGGUGCCGCCAUCGCCGCCCUCCUCGCCAAACAAGGCGCAACCAUCUUCGGCGGAAACCGGUCUUUAGCAUCUGGCGAACGCACAAAAUCACGCAUUGAAGAUGUCGGAGGCCAGUGCCAUGUUCAGAAGACAGACGUCACAGAUUCCGCAUCCGUAAAGGCAUUGGUAGAUGCAUGCAUGCAGCGGCAUGGGCGAAUCGACAUCCUCAUCAACAACGUGGGCAAAUCCGAGCCGGGGUGUCCAGCAACCAUGUCCGAAAGCACGUGGGAUGCACAGGUCGAUUUGAAUCUGAAAAGCGUGUAUCUGACUAGCCACUAUGUGCUUCCAAUCAUGCAGAAGCAAGACACCGGCGGAUCAAUCGUGAAUGUGUCUAGUAUUGCCGGGAUGCGUUAUAUAGGAAAGCCCCAGAUAGCGUAUUCUGCUACAAAGGCGGCUAUUAUGCAGUUCACAAGAGCCACGGCGGUGAUGUAUGCGGCUAAAGGGGUGAGACUGAAUACUGUUGUUCCCGGUUUGAUUUACACACCGUAUACGAAAGAGAUGGCGAAGAGGUUUGCGCCUGGUGGGGAUGAGGAAGAGUAUAUGCGGAAGAGGGAUGGGCAAGUACCCAUGGGGAAGAUGGGGGAUGCUUGGGAUGUGGCAAACGCAGUGCUAUUUCUUGCGAGUGAUGAGGCAAAGUAUAUCACUGGACAAGAGUUGGUUGUAGAUGGCGGGAUUACUUCGUCUACGGGGAGAGUCUGA